AUGAAGCUUGUUGGAAGACUGCGUAGUGACUUAUUACAUCAUCAAGACAGAGCAGAUGGAGAUGAUGAGCUGGAUCAUGGUUUUGGCCUCUCCACUAGGAAGCUAGCAGCAUUUUCAAAGCAAGUAGUACUAAACGAACCCCUCUUCGCUGUAACGACCACCUGUUGUCGAAAACCAGGACUCGAUGCAGACGUGGGAGGUUUGGGUAUCAUAGGCUUAGUUGUGAUCACAUGCAUAUGCGCAUUAUUUGGAUGCUGGCACGCGUUCGGUCACCGUUUUCGGACUGACAACUCUGCCCUAGGACAAGGAGAAAAAGAAGACAGGCUGGUGGUGGAUGAGCAACAACAGUAUCAAAAACAUCAGGAACUGCAACUGUCUUCUAAUUUUGAGGUCUACCGACCAGGAGGAGCAGAAGGAGGAGGACAACCAAGACCGGCAGAUCCAAGCAGGAUUAGAUAUACGCCUGCCUGUGCAACGAAUGUACAACAUUACAUCAGCACCACUGGCAUAUUAUCGACCUUCCGCCUCGGCCCUACACCAUCAUCAAAGAACUCCAUCAACACUUCAAAUUUGUUGCUGACGGAACAAGACCACUCCUCUCCCUCCAUCAAAAAUAAAGGCUUUUUAGAGAAUAGAGGUGGAUCCCGUACGAUACUAUCCUCACAUGAUCCGCGGAGGCGUCAGAAAUGA